AUGAUAAAAGUAAAAGUGACUUCGUUAUGUCUAGUAGUAAAACAAAGGUCUACGGGGAGCACUGUAGCUCCACGGCCGAACUACCCUUGCCGCGAAGCCGGACCAAGGCAGGGUAGCUCGGGUCGUGACGACGUUCCCACCUCCAAUCACAAGCUUCGUGGACGGAAAUACACCCGUUUCGCUUACUGGCGAUUUAUGGACCGGGCGAGGCUGAACACCCUGCCACUGAAAGGGUGUCCUAGGUGGGGCAACGAAGACCGCUGCAGACGAUGCGGCAGACAUAACGACACGACUUCCUAUAUAUUGUCACUGCUUGUCUAUGAUGUCCGCAUAACCAAGAGUCACGAUGCAACCCUGGAACUUCUGGGUUCAGAAAUCCGUGGGCACCCUCAGAAAAUACGACUAGGUAAGAGGGUGCUGUUCCAGGAGCUCGUGCCUGUCGUGGAAGUCCCGAAGGUGGUAGCCAGCUUACGCUCGGACCUCGAAACCAUCGACCGGUCCAAGAUCGUACGCCUAGUCGACGUCACAGUGCCCUAUGAGGGCGGGUGGCAGUCGGUGACGACGGUCAGGAAAAAAAAGCUGGAGAUGAAUGCGCCUGUGGCACGACUGCUCUCGGCAGGGGGAUAUAGAACUUCUGUGUACACCUUUGUGGUGGGGUCCCUCGGCACCUGGGACUCCACUAACCGGAUCACCUUCAGCCGCUUGAUAGUAGACAGUCGCAGGGAUUCUGCCCUGGACCACCGCUGCGUCUCUAAGUUUUUUAGAUGGAGCCGGGACAUCUAUGUGGAGCAUGUAAUGGGCAUCAAGCUGUACACGGGCUAG